CCGUCAAGUUGAGCAUUUCAUCUAUCAUUUUCACAGCUCACCUUCAGUCUUCACUCCUCACUCGAACUACUACCUACCUACCUACUCAAGACUUGCUUUUACUCAACCCGCACAGAAAAAUGGUUUCCCUCCGCUCCCUCGUCACUGGCGCCGCCCUCAUCGCGGCGCCCGUCAUGGCCACGCUCUCGCCUGCCGAGCUCGUGGACCGCAUCAACGAACUGACCAAGAAGUCCGAAGCUCUACACGCCCCUGUCCAGAGCAUCACCCUCACCAGCGCGCCUUUGAUUGCCCUCGGCCAGGGCCCGCUCCCGGCACUCUUAACCGGCGGCGCCGACAUCCUCUCGAGCGCCACGGUGUUGAUCUCCAACCUGGACGGAAUACCGCAGGGUGCGAGCGAGGAUGAUCUCACCAAGAUCCUCGAUGCUUUCCGCGAUUGCGUCCACGUCAACCAGGAACUCCUCAAGGUCGUAGUCUCCAAGGCCGACCUCCUCAAGUCAAUCCCCGUCUUCGGUGGCCCGGCGACCGUACUCCUCGGCCCAUUCGAGGGUUUCGCCAACGCCAUUGCCGGCUUGGCCAUCAACAUGUCCGAGUCCUGGGUCGAGCAAUUCAAGGUGUCUCAUCAGGACAACUGUCUGAACACCACUCGCACCGAUGGUGUCAGCGUGAAGCGGGCUGAAGUCUUCGUCGCCUAAUAAUAGUUAAGGCGUUUGACCCGCGGCAAACCUCAUCUGGCUUGGCUGCUUGGUACGGGAGGUAUGGAUAAGGUACCUUAUCGUUAAUCAUGGUGAUGAUGAGUAUGAGGUGCCCUGUACGGUAUCGGAAGAUCUAAUGAGGAGGAUGAGAGCCACUUUGGAACCGUGAACGGU